CACGAAUUCAUGGAGGGAAAAGGCCCGCAACGACAACGCUGGCCGGCGCGACUCACCUUGAGUCCCUGACCGCAUCAGUAUCUCGGCCGAAACGGAGGACGGACUUCUCUGCCACAAACACCCCAACAGUCCCGGGGCAGGGUUUCUUGCGCAUACGAUUUCCACCUUUGCCGGAUACGUGCAAUCUUCUCCUUCGACAUGACCUUUCUAAGUCGGACCAGUCCAUUCGACAUCACCGAUGGAGGAAAACAACUACCUUUUCGUGCAUUUGACCUCGUCUCCUAGAGAUCGAACGUCGCAAGAACUUCAAUAUGCCGCUUGCAAGGCCCACAUAACAAGGAGAGUCCACCGGAAACGGCGACAAAAGCUGAAGGAGCAUGAAGAGGAUACGUGCAAGAGUCAAGCUUCAGAGUCGGCCCGUAGUCUAUCCCUGGUGCCUGUCGAAUUCAGCGGCAACUCCGAUCCUUUCAACUGCCACAUGAUCACGGUGACGCCCAUAGUGAACCAAGCAGUCUCAUUUGUUCGGUUCCAUCUCAAUCGCUGUUGGUCACCAACCUACAUGGCUCAGUUUGACGACCUCCGCCCUGGACCAUGUCCUGUCCUCAGGGCCAGCAGUACGAUUGGCACGAUGGCGGCGAAAUGGGUCUGGUCCCUUUUUGUUGCAGACGUUGGGACAUUCUGGUCUGCCGUGGCAAGCAUACUACCACUCAUGAUCCGCUUCGUCUCGCCAGAAAGUGCACGUGAACUCAAACGAGUUUCUCUGGAGCUCAAGGGGAAAAUCCUGGCAGGCCUGAGAAAGACUCUGCAGGACAAGCCGCUGACACCUCAGCCUAGCAUGGCUCUCAUCUACCAAGUCAAAGCGCUGUUUCGUGAAGCCACAACGAGCGGAGAUACCAAUAGCGCCAGCGUCCACGCGAAAGUUCUGUUCUGGCUUGCCGAGCAAUUGCCCAUCCGAGAAUGCCAAGGUGGUGAAGAUGUCCUAAGCAUAGCUCUAUGGGGUGACAGCCUCUCAGCUCUGUUUCAACUGCGUCGGCCGAUCCUCAAUUACCUCAAUUGGAUGCCUCAGAUAGUCGCCACCACAUGGAAUUCAGCAGAAGCACUGCUUCCCACCCCUCACACAGGCCAUAUAUCUGUACCCGAAAGUGUGUUCAGUCCUCAGCUUCGGGAAGCGUUCAGUCACAUCCGCCGAGUCAUCCAUUUUGGCAAGGUAUCCCUGCCUGUUGACGGCGAUGAGCAUCUCAGACGCGCCCAGCUGAUCUUCCACUGGGUUAUUACUAAGUCUGAGUAUCAUAUAAGCAGUUUGCUGGAUUUGUAUUUCGACCUCACCGAGACAAAGGAAUUCGACGGGGUGAGUCAGGGUGGUAGGCAUACCGAGGCUGCCCUAGCACUGGCUCUGCUAUACGUUUUCCAAAAGAGCUUUAGCGACACUUCACACUCUGACGGUAUCGAUAUUCACGACAGCACAGCCGUGAUUCAUCCAGCCCUCCUAACCAGAAUGAAGGCUGCUUUUCUGACCUGCUCGCAAGUGGAACGUGUCAUGUACAAAGAUGUACACUUCUGGAUCCUCUUCGUAGGCUCGUUCUGCGAAGAGCGCUUACAGGACCCAAGCUCAAGAAAUCCCAAUAGAUACGGCGAGUGGUUCCAUCAGCAGCUCGCUGAGCAGGCUUUUGAGGAUGGGCUCUGCGGUUGGGUUGACGCCAGAUAUGUGCUGGGUAGAUUUGUGUUGAAUGGUUUUCUCAAGCCUCCCGCGGAGGAGUGGUAUGAACGGACCAUAUCUCACUAUAGGAGUCUGUGAACAUACACCAAUAUAUGCCAUACCUUGAAGCAACGUAGCUGGGUAAGGCAAGUAUGACUCGACCUCUUUGCUAUCGUCAG